GCUCCUUCGCUCUUUGUCAGCCGACCGCUCUCGUCGUCGUCGUCCCCGCUGCCGGGUCUGGUCGCUCGAUUCCGCCGCCGAGCAUGCCGGAGCCGUGCGUUUCCGUGUCCGAGUUCGUGGGGGAGGUCCUGGAGGACUGGAGCUCGCCCACCACGUCGUCCUUCUCGUCCAAGAUGAGCGAAUGCCGGAGCACCGUGCACCUGCUGGAGGAGGCUCUCGACAGCGACCGCUUGUUGCUGCAGAAGAUGAAAAAAGCAGCCAAAGCCAAAUACACAUCUGGACAAGCAGAGCACGUGUCCCACCUGGAGCAGUACAUCGUUUCCAUGGAGAAGCUGUCCGUCAACUGUCACUCCAACGGCGAGGCAGAGGUGGGCUCCGCCUUCUGCCGCAUGGCCGACUUCUCCAAGGAGCUGGUGUCACCUAUGAAGAACCUGUUAAAGAGCAUGUUGCACAACGUCAACUUCUUCCUGGAUUCCCUGGUGAAAGGCGACCUGCGGGAGGUGAAGGGGGAUCUGAAGAAGCCUUUCGACAGAGCGUGGAGAGACUACGAAAGCCGAUUCAAGCAGGUGGAGAAGGAGAAGCGCGAGUUGGCGCGUCAGUACGGGAUGGUGAGGAGCGAGGUGAGCGGCGGCGAGAUCGCCGAGGAGCUGGAGAAGGAGAGGCGGACCUUCCAACUCAGCAUGUGCGAGUAUCUGAUCAAGGUGAACGAGAUCAAAACCAAGAGAGGAGUGGACCUGCUGCAGAACCUCAUCAAACAUUUUCACAGCCACAACAAUUUCCUGCAGGAGUGCGUGUCGACCACGCACAGGCUGAAGCAAUACAUGGACGAGCUGAAUGGCGUCCUCACCUCGGUGAAGCAGCGGCAGGAGGAGGAGAAACGUCAACUUGUGUCACUCAGAGAUCAACUCAGGCCUGUCGUGCACACUGAGCAGGAUAGUUUACCAAAGCCUGUGUACAGCAUGCAUCAGCUGCUGGGAGAUAAACAAUACGGAACGGAGAGGACGGGAUUCCUCUACAAGAAGAGUGAUGGGUUGAGGAAAAUGUGGCAGAAGAGGAAAUGUUGGGCUCACAACUGCUACCUGACCAUCGCACAUGCGACGCCCAACAAAGCUCCCACCAGGCUCAACCUGCUCACUUGCCAGGUCAAACCCAGCGUGGAGGACAGGAAGUGCUUCGACCUCAUCUCUCCAGAUAAUCGCACUUACCACUUCCUGGCUGAGGAUGAAGCCGAGUGUGUUGCCUGGAUCUCGGUGCUGAGCAACAGCAAGCAGGAAGCUCUGACGGCGGCGUUGGACGGCGUCCGCAAGGGAGGCGGCGAGAGCGGCCUGGAGGAGCUGACGCGAUCCAUCACGGACGACAUCCGACGCAUGCCGGGAAACCACCGCUGCUGCGACUGCGGCGCUCCCGAGCCGGGCUGGGUGUCGACCAACCUGGGCAUCCUGACGUGCAUCGAGUGCUCGGGCGUGCACCGGGAGAUGGGCGUCCACGUCUCGCGCAUUCAUUCGCUCAGCCUGGACAGCCUCGGAACUUCCGACCUGCUGUUGGCCCGGAACGUCGGCAACAGCGGCUUCAACGAGAUUCUGGAGGCAAACCUGCCGAGUCCCUCCAUGAAGCCGUCGCAACACAGCCACAUGGCGGAACGAAAGGAGUUCAUCCAGGGCAAGUAUCAGGCGGCGCAGUUUGCGCGGCGCGGUCCCGGCUCGGCGACGGCCGUGCGCCUCCUGCAGGAGGCCACCAGCAACUGCGACGUCUUCGCCCUCAUUCAGCUGCACGCUCAACGCGCGCCGCUCGCGCACGCGCUGCACACGCACGUGCAGGAGAAAGGGGAGACGGCCCUCCACCUGGCCGUCUUGUUGGCUGACAGGACCAGUCUGCACAUCCUGCACUUCCUGGCGCAGAACUCGCCGAGCGUGGACGUGCAAACGGCGUGCGGAAACACGCCGUUACACUACAGCUGCUUGCACAACAAGAGUGACUGCGUCAAACUUCUGCUGAAGGCCCGAGCCAACACGCACAUCAAGAACGAGUUGGGCGAGACGGCGUUGGACGUGAGCCGCAGGUUGAAGCACGGCCACUGUGAGGCGCUGCUGCAACAGGCCCGGUCGGACCAUUUGGACCAUCACGUUCACGUGGAGUACGAGUGGCGACUUCGCCACGACGACGUUUACGACAGCGACGAUGAGUUGGAGGACAAGAACGGUCCCGUUAAGAAGGAGCGCUCCUCUUCUUCCUUUUCCUUCCCCUCGCGACCUUUCAACUUUGGCCUGGCCUCCUCCGCCUCCGUCACGUGCCCGCCGGCCUCAUCGGGGGGGCCCGGCGGGGGGCUGCUCAGCGUGGGCCGACGGCUGGCCACGGCCAUGGAGAACCACGGCCGGCCCCCCGCCCGGGGGCAGAGUCCGCCGCCGCCGCCGCCCCCCUCCUCGCCUGCGCCACCGUUGCCCCCCAGGGUCAAAGCUCCCAACGUUCCUCCUCCUCCUCCUCCUCCCCCGGGUGAGGAGGCAGAGAAAGAAGAAGAGGAAGAGGAAGUCUUCUUCCCCCUGCCAGGAAACAGGAAAUGGACCCCCGUCGCCGCCGCCCGGCACAAAAGGAGCUGCUCUGAGUCCAGUAACCACGAUUAUGGAUUGCCAUCCAGUCACACGAGGAUCUACAGCGGUGCAGACUCAUCCUUGAAGAAUUCUGCUCUCAGCUCAUUGACCGAACAUCCAGACAGAGCCUAUCGCAGGGCGGACAGUGACACAAGCACCUCCCAAUCACAUCACAGUAGAAGACCCUCCCCCAAUGGCUCGUCAGCCAGUCAGCGCUCGCAAAGCUUUGAGAGCACCGGCCGAGGCCCCGCCCCCCAGCCGCUCCCUCGCAGGUCAUUGCCUCGGGGUUGUCGGGGGUCCGCCCGUCGCGUCCGUGCCCUUUAUGACUGCGAGGCGGACCAUCACGACGAGCUGAGCUUCAGCGAGGGCCAAGUCAUUGUGGUCCUAGGCCAGGACGACACCGACUGGUGGCACGGCUACAUUGAAGAGGAACCAGAGCAGCGAGGGUUAUUUCCAUCUUCCUUUGUGCAGCCAAUGUCAAACUGAAGUCAAUGAUUGUACACCACGACCGGCUCAGGAGAAGCGCUCCGACACCCGGAUGAACAUUGCCAGCUGCCUUCAAAGACGCCUCAGCAGCCAAGUAGCAUGUCACUUCCUGCCUUCAGCCACACAAACAUCAACAGAACCACCACAU